AUUUAAAUGUCAUCUGCAAGGAAAACAUCAAUGGACGAUAUAUGACAUCAGACAUGAAUUAACGUAACAUAACAGCUGAGUUUGACAAUGUCCAGCCCAUCAGAUCGGAUGAGGUUGAAGGAUAGGAUCAUUUCAAACAUUGCGAAAGCAAUCAAAGCUAUUCAGGAGUACCAGUUUUAUAGUGGACAGGAAAGCAGUAUCCUCCUGACUAACUCUGAUUGGCAGUGUCACAAGCUAUGCGAGCAUCUGGAUCACGCUCUCCUGCAUGGGUUGCGCCAUGUGACCCAUGGGUACUGGAGGAUGGUGAACGAGUUCACCAGAAAAAAUGCCAUAAAGGAUAUUGAGAGAAUCCAGAAUAUUACCACGGAUCUGGGAAGAGGGAGGGCAUGGAUCUUCAUGGCUCUGAAUGAAAACCUCUUGGAGAGUUAUCUCAAAUGUAUCGCAGACAACUCCAAGUUUGUCAAGAAGUUCUACGUAAAGGAAGCACUUGUUCUUGACGAUCAGAGAAUGAAUCUACUGCUGACCUUGACAUCUGGACUUGAGAUGGUCUGUUUUCAAAUGGAAUGUGAUGUGCCAUACCUGGACCUAAGCACGUACCCACCACGUAGUCGCUCUCUGUCCAGGGAGAAGUCUCAAGAGGAAGAUAAAGUGUCCCUUCACAGCAUGGAGAGUAUUGCAUCUCGGAGGAGCGUCUCAGGGGUUGAGAUGCUUGCUUCCACUCCUGAAUCUAAUAAGGUCUUGACAGACAGUGAUUCCGGCAGCAUCACCAGCUUUGAAACAAAUGGGGUCAUGGAAAGCUCAGUUGCAGGGUCACUUUCUUUAGACUCCGGAUGCCAUGUUGACACCAACAGCAUUAUGUCGAAACAAAUAUGCCCCUCAACAACAGACAACGUGUCAACGUCUAGUCAUGGGUCAGGGUCUGAAGUUGAGCCACGAUUUCGUAGAAUUGAGACGAUAAUUAGUGUUGAAGAGGACAUUGAUCAAAUUGAAACAGAGCUGAAGGUCAUAAGGGUCAAAUCAAAAGGUCAAAAGCUGAAGGGAAAGAAAUCGAAACGUUCUUCAAAAGUUGUUGAAAUUCCUGCCAUGAAGGAAGAAGUGGGUAGGAUCCCCAUGGAGAUAUCUCAGUCACCAAAUAUUGAGUUUGUUGAAGCUUCCAUUCUUAGUUCUUUCAAAGAUGUGUUCAACAGUCAUAAUGAUGACGAGUUUUCAGAACCUGAUCCAGCUAGAUCAAACAUGAAUACAGAAGCUUCACGUCAAAGAACGCGGUCUCCAGGAGACGGACAUGAGGAUGUUCGUAUUGUCAAGGAGACAACACCGACGGAACAAUCAAUGGGAGAUAAUUAUAGUCAGUGUGAUCAUGUAGGUAACAGAGUUGUCUCCCCUGCAGGUGCAAAUCAUAAGCCUGUGACAUCAAAAUCAGAAGUCAUUCCAAAUCAAGAAAAUCAUUCAUCAGUUCAACUCCGUGAUAACAGUGAAGAGUCUGUGUCAGAAAAUUGUGACUUUGCACAUAGUAAGCGUAAGAUUGAUUCAGACGUUAGCUUUGAAGAAGCAGCUCUUUAUCGAGAGAGUAAAAAUUAUAAAAAACAUCAUCAGUUGGCAGAAAAUGGUCUUGACAAUGCGAAAUUGGAACCAACAGGGUCCUUGGACAGUGCAAUUGUAUUUUCAUCAGACUCAGUCCAAAAUAAGGAACGAGACAGGCCGAGUACCAGUGAAAAAUACUUUGUGGGUUUUCACGAAGAUGAGGAUUUUUACAAAGUGAGGAGGGUGGAAGAGGUUAGUAAUUCAGAAACCGAUUAUUCCGCAAAGAGGCAGGACUAUGUGGACUUCAUUGUCGGGGAUUCAGAUGAACUAAAAGGGGAUGAAGUGACAGAAAGUGAGCUGGAGUCGUCAACAGUGGGACUGGAUGACCUGGAGUGUGAAGAGAAGGACUACAGUAUUGAGCUGGAUAACAACACCCUGCUGUGUCUCAUGUUGGACGUCUUCUCACAUCAAGAUGAACAGUUUGGAAAGAUGUUCUGCACUAGUCAAGGCCACACAGAAGGAGAGCUGAAGAGGAUAUUUCUGCUGGUGUCGGACCGAGCCAUGUAUCUACUUCACCAGCGAGAAUGCGACCACAAGUUCAUCAAGGACAAAGACAUUCCCUUCAAGGACAUCGACUUUUUAGCUCUCAGUGUCAACAACCAGAUUAUCAACAUCGUGUGCACAAAUCGACGGAAACAAUUCUGGCUUACAACAGGAAAUGAAACUCUCACAUGUGCCAUCACCAGCUAUAUUUCAUCAGCAAUGGAGAACUGCGAGUUCCCCAUCCCCAAACUGACUGUGUUGACCGACGCUACUACACAGAAGAUAUGCAUGAAGAAAUAUGCUGCCGUUGAUGCCAGGAUUGAGCCUGGAGAUGUGUGUGUGGAGGGCUACUCCCUGGUGUACUGGGAGGACCCCCACUCACAGUCAGCCAAGAUGGAGCAUGCAAACAGGGAAGGAACAUUGCUGUUCAAGUCUACUGACCAUGGGAAAGGACAUAUAUGGAAGCCUGUUUAUGUCAUUCUCAGAGACGGGAUGCUGUGUGUGUUUGAAGACAAGAACAGCAAGCCGCAGUGCUUCUUGAGGCUGGGAGGGGAGCAGUGUGUGGGUUGUAGGCGAAGCACGGACAGCGAUCGCGAACACUGUAUCGAGGUCAUCAAGUCAGAUGGAGGACUCUGGCAGUUUUCUGCAGCCAAUCACAUCGAGGUCUCUGACUGGCUGCAGUGUCUAUGCAAAGCUGUGUCGGAGGGAAGUCAGAGCACUGGGGACAGUUGGAGUUACCUCCCCUGCUGUUCUGUGUUGACCCAUCAGAAGCUGCUGAUGUGUCACGAGGACGUCCAGACAAGCUUCUUCCGCACGCUGGGCAGUGCCAACAUGGAGGAGGUCACAGGGAUCACCAUUGAUGCUGAAGUCAAGAACUACUGUAUACUGGAGUUCGAGUCCCAGGAGGCUAGGGUGAGCAGUGUGCAGUGGGUGCUGUACUUCAACUCCGGCUCGGAGAUGAUCCGCUUCACCAAGGCCAUGUCCAAAUGCUGGGAGCAACAGUUCCAGAUUGAAAUCCCCAUCAACCAGAUAGAUGAUGCUCCCCUCCAGACCAGAUGCCAGGAAACAGCUCGCCACGUCGUGGGACUCUACACGUUGAAGUAACUUACCAGACUCACCACAUGUACCCAGACUCACCCAGGCUUAAGGAAUACACUUCUAGUUAUAUGCAGUUAUGAUAUUGACAAUAUAAUUCAGAAAUUAGGUGUUGACAACUCCAAUAUCUGUCUCGUAUCUUCAUCUUGUGUUUGCAGUCUUGUGAUUAAUCAUCAAUUAUGAGAGAAAAGAUUGUUUCACAUAUGCUUUGGAUUGCAAGUUUUGUAUGAUUCAGCUUCAGUGUGAGUGGUCAAGAAUGUUGUAAAAAUGCAGCAUCUGUGCGUAUCUUGAUCUGUGUUUGUGGUCUCCAUUGGUGAAGCUAUUUAAAUAGAAUAAUGUUUAACUGAAGCUUAACUCUUACGCACGUGACUAUUUCUUGUGAGAAUGGAAGGCAUAUCUACCAGUGUUCUCUGAUAGUAUUCCAUUUUGAAAAGUUGUCAUUAUUACGAAUUUCAAGUAUUUUCGUUAUGACAUGAAGCUUAAAGUUAUUUCUAAAUGAAAGGGAACAACAUUCAUGGAAAGUUAGGCUUCGACAAAUAUAUUUUGUUCUGUCAGUGACGAAUCUCUCAGACAAAUCACUGGCGCCA